UGUAUUGAUCGGUGUCGUUUGCUGUCGCUAUCGGGCAUGCACGCGCUCUGAUCUCGUCCUCGAGACGAAGGUGACUCGCAUCGCGUGCAGUCGGUGGCAAUGCAGAGAGGAAGAGCUCGUGCGCGCGACGAGGAGCCGCGGUGCGCGUGACAGAUUGAUCGAUUGGAAAGCAAGAAAAAGCGAAAUCCUGCGAGUCUGUGUGAGUGAGUGUGUGUGCGCGUGCGAGUGAGCGUGUGGAGGUGGGGGUGGUGGCGCGCGCCUCGGUUCGGUCUCCUCGCUGGAUGUGUCUGCAUGAGCUCCGCACCGACAGGGCGCAAAACCCGCCCCGUCCUCCAGCUGGGCAAACCCGGGGAGCGCGAGCCCGAGCGCGCGGAGGGAGCGGACUGCAGGAUGGUUGUUCAGGAGUUUAACACACUGGUGGCUCUAUAUCGAGAGCUGGUGAUAUCGGUGGGGGAGAUUUCGGUGGACUGUCCUUCUCUACGGGCAGAGAUGCACAAAACCCGCACUAAAGGCUGUGAGAUGGCCAGGACAGCUCAUCAGAAACUUUCUGCAAUAUCAGGGCCGGAGGACGGAGAAAUCCACCCUGAAAUCUGUCGGCUCUUUAUCCAGCUGCAGUGCUGUUUGGAGAUGUACCUGACGGAGAUGCUGAAGUCUGUGUGUCUGCUCGGAUCACUGCAGCUUCACAGGAGAGGGAAAGAUUCUUCUGCUCUGUUGAAGCCAGAGAGUCGGAAAGAGGAGAGCUCCGAUAUCCCCAUCCUGGAGGACACCUCUUCAUCUCCGCUGGAGCAGCAGGCCCACUGCCACGUGGCCACCGACAUCGAGAACAUCGAGAGGGACAUGACGGAGAUGAAGAACCUUCUCAGUAAACUCAGGGAGACGAUGCCUUUACCGCUGAAGAAUCAAGAUGACAGCAGCUUGCUGAACCUGACCCCAUACCCCCUGGUCCGGCAGAGGAAGAGGCGCUUCUUCGGCCUGUGCUGUCUGGUGUCCAGCUGAGCUUUCACCCAGGAUCUAACCACAAAGACUACAUUUCCCAUGAUCCCUCACAGUGUGCGUCGUUCACCAAUCGACAGUGUAACUGCCAUUGCCCAAUUUCCCAAACCAGCGCCCUCUGUUGGUGAGGGCGCUCGGAUUACUUACUGAUACAGACCAACUGUACCAUCACUGAUAAUCAAUAUAUAUACAUACAUACAGAUACACACACACACACAUAUAUAUAUAUACACAUAUAUACGAUAUAAACAUGAUUUUCUUUUGAAAUAAGUGAAUGUAGCUUCUGUUCAUCAUCAUUAUACUAUCUGAAGAUACGUUGUAGAUUAAAGAAUGCUGCUGUGUUUAUCCUCCUCCACAGCGCCCCCUGCUGGUGCGAAAUGAUUCCAGCCUUAUAAACUCCGCAUUUAUUUUGCAUGCUCACUGCAGAACACGACCCACAUUCACACCUUUACAGCUGUGCAUCUCGGUUAUCAGCUGCAAAUAUGGCGACACAACAUAAACAAACGUUGGGCGUGUCUGGUCUUGUCUUGGCUCUGAACUUUGUUUUUCUCCCUGCUUCUCCUCCGUAUUAAUUCUGCUAUUAUUUAGUCUUCCAUAAACCGAAAACCUGUAAACCUUUUCUGUUUGUGUCCAUCUUUAGGGAUAAACAAUACCUGAA